ACAGAAGUUUGGUUUUGGAAUUAAGGCCGCACCGGAGCUAUUUCUGAAGGAUGACUUUGGCAAUAUUGUUGGCGUGCGCAUUGGUCAUUCCUGUUUGUUAUGCUGCAAAAGGUCGAAGCUUUAUUGGCAAAAUUACCAAUGACAGUGACCCUGAUUCUCCCUUGAGCGUCGAUAAGUUUGCUGCAUCCGUUCUGACCAGUGGGCUUACUACAAUCUUUUUGCCAUUGGUCUACAUCAUUGUGUUCAUCAUUGGUUUGCCUACAAAUGCCAUGGCGCUCUGGGUCUUCGCCUUUCGAACGAAAAUCAAACAUCCAGCAACUAUUUACAUGGCUAACCUGGCUUUGGCAGAUCUGCUGUUCAUUAUCUGGUUACCCCUGAAAAUUUCAUACUAUUUGAAUGGCAACAAUUGGAUUUUUGGAGAAGGAAUGUGCAAAGUGCUGGUUGUGUUUUUCUAUGGAAAUAUGUACUGCUCCAUUUUAUUCAUAACUUGCCUCAGUGUACAAAGGUACUGGGUUGUUGUAAAACCAAUUUCUCAGGCAAGGAGGAAGAAUAAGAUUGCUUAUGUUGUAUCAAUUUUCAUUUGGAUACUGAUUGUAUUUGGCACAAUGCCAUUGUAUUUAAAUAUCCAACAAACAGCACAGAUUACUGACCUUGACAUUACAACCUGUCAUGAUGUUCUACCAGAAGCAAAGCUUGCCGCUAGCAUGUUUGACUAUUUUCUGUCUUUGGCUAUAGGGAUAUAUUUCUUCCCAGCACUAUUGACCUUAACUGCAUAUAUAUUGAUGAUCAAAACAUUGAAAGCUUCAGCUGGUGAAGAUAACAUUGGGAAAGGGCGCAAGAGAGCAAUUAGACUGAUCAUCACCGUUCUUGUGCUGUAUUUAGUAUGCUUCACUCCCAGCAAUGUUGUUCUUAUUGUCCAUUAUUAUUUGAUAAAACAUCAUCAGAACAGCAAUAUUUAUGCUCUUUACAUUAUAAGCCUUUGUUUAUCUGGCAUAAAUAGUUGCAUUGAUCCCUUUGUCUAUUACUUUGUUUCCAAAGACUUCAGGGAUCAUGUUCAGAAUACAUUGCGGUGUCGUAGUGUCAGAACGGUUAGAAGUAUCCAGGCUUCCAUUACUUCUCUAAAAUAUUCCAGAAGAUCGACUUCCUAUACUUCCGCUAGUAAAAGUCAUACCACAACAAGCAACUGUUAAACAUUAGUGUGGAUGCACAGCUUGAUUACAUUGUAAUCAAAAAUCAGUUUUCAGCACCUGGAUCUUGAAUGAACUGAGUAUUAGUCCAAUUUGGAAGUAACUGACUGAAACAUUAGAAUUGUCAGAAAUUUCAUUACUAUUUAUUGUUCAAUGUCUUUGCAUGAAAGAACUGCUGUAACUUUGAGCCAUCUGUAUUUUGUGCAAGUACAAUUUCAAUAUAAGUAUGGCAAGGUGUACUGAAUCUGUAAAUGUAACAUUGUCUGUAAAUCCUAUAACUGUUGUGAUGUUUAUAUUUUGAGAGUUGUAUCAAUCCGGCAUCCGUUUUUGUUUCAAUUGUUUAUAGGAUGUAUGUAUUUUUUUAAAUUGUCUAUUUAAAUAUUUUGAGUUAUUGUAUGUUGGACUAGAACACCAACACUGGCUUUUAAAGCAUGUAUAUAAACUAACAAAUGUUUUUAAUACUGUUUUAUAUUAAGCUUCAUUUUUUUUUAAAAAAAAGUAAUGACCCACUUGGUAUGUGAAAUAACAAUUUGUAUAUCCUGUGUUACGUAAAGUAGCUGUGAAAAAAGUAAAAUAACAAAUAAUUUGAAUCUAAUCUUAAUAUGUAACCUGUAAAAAGCAGUUUAACUCUUACUGUGAAACAUCAAAUAAAUGUUUUGAA